AUGUUACCUGUUCUCUUAAAGCGUUCUUUAUUGUUAUUGAAGCAAAAAGUUCGGAUUUUGACGGUUCAGCACACACCACCUCUAGCACCCAUUGCAUUAACCUAUGUUCAACAACGAUUUAGAUCCGAUUUUGCACCGCGUAAAAUAAAAUACAAAAAGAAACAUAAAGGACGAGUGCCUGUACGUAUUGGUGGUUCUACAAAAGGCAACACUGUUGCUUUUGGUGAUUUUGGCCUUCGUGUAAAAGACGGUGUUCGUUUAACGUCGAGCCAACUCACAGCAGCACGAACAGCUAUUAAGCGCAAAAUAAAAGUGAUUAAAGGCUCACAAGUUUGGAUGCGAGUGUUUCCUGAUAUUCCCGUUACUUCCAAAGGAAAUGAAACUAGAAUGGGGAAAGGUAAAGGGUCUUUUGAGUAUUGGGCUUGUAGAGUACCUAUGAAUAAAAUUGUAUUUGAAGUUGGUGGUGGAGGAAUGCGAAAAGAAGUUGCAAAAGAAGCAUUAAGGUUAGCGUCGGACAGACUGCCUGUCAAGACUGAAUUCGUUGUGAAAGAAAAUAUUGAGAACAAUUUAAUUCCAAUAAAAAUAGCUCAUGACAUAAUUAAUUAA